AUGGGAAUACCGCACGCCUGCGUCUUUCCCGCCCUUGACGUCUUACCACCGAACCACGACAACUUCCGCAUCCAGUGGAAUCUGCCGCACGCCUUCCUGGCGCUCCCAUUCGCCUCGGGCAUCGGAUCCCUUUCCACCUUGGCACCGCCUCGCCUCGCCCGAAACUCGCAAUCCUCGAUGGCUGAGGACGAUUCCACGGGCCGCUUCGGGCUCGAUGAGCCCGUUUUCGGCUUCAUGGGCGACGCGAGCGCCGUCUCCGAUAGCAAACUCGAGGCAUCAAACGCACCUUCCGACAGCAGCGGUCAGGCCUUUUACGGCUCCUCGCCUUGGGACUUCCAAGUCAACCCCACUUUCGACUCGUUCGACGUCAAUCCCGCUGGCACCGCACCUCCCGUUUCAGCUGGGUCCGUGGCUCCCUCGUGGCCGCUACCCGCAUUUGAUCAGCCGCAGCAACAGCCGCAGCAGCAGCCACAAUCACAAUCCCAUCAGCGACCGCAACCGCACCCGCACCCGCAAUCCCAGGCCCAGGCCUCGUCUCCCUCGUUUGAUGGCUUCCCACCCCCCAACGUGGACCCGACGACCGUCUUUGGGCCCGGUCAGGGCAAUCCUGGCUUGAGGAAGCUCCCGACUGCAGGCACACAUCUUCGUACGGCUCAGACCAUGUCACAUGAAGAACUUCGAAACAUCGCCAUGCCCCCUCACUUGCAGUACAAUUCGCCCAAGAGCGCUUCUAGCCCCGACUCGGCCAAUAGCGAGGUCAAGGCCGGAGCUGGCUCUUCACCCGAGCUGAUGGGUCCAACAAGCAGGAAGGAUUCCCGAAAGCGAAAGGUGUCUGACGAGCUGGAAGACGACGAUGAUGUAGACGACGAGGAUAAGCCCGUGAAGAAGACGGCCCACAACAUGAUCGAGAAGAGCGCCAGGGGCGAGGAUACGACCGAGGAUCGCGAAGAGCUCCACGGCUUGACACCUGCGCACAAGCUCAACAAGGCAACCGUGUUGAGCAAAGCGACCGAGUACAUUCGCCAUCUUGAGAAACGCAACGGUCGCCUGAUGGACGAGAAUAGCGCCAUGAAGGAAAGGAUUGCGGCGUUUGAGAAGCUCUUCAUGGCCGGCGCCAUGAACGAGAGCCAACAGCAGUUUGCUAAUUCGCCUAUGGCAACGGCGCAAGAGAGCAAUGCCAACCCGGCCGGUAUGAUUAAUGUGCCCGAAGACAUGAAGCGCAUCAUCUCGGCCCAGAUGGCUGCCGGCCAACCGUACCCGCAGAUACAGCAGCAGCAACAGCAGCAGCAGCAGCAAAUGCAACAAACCGGCUGGGUAAACGCAAGCCCGUACUUUGGAAAGCUCAUGGUUGGCUCUCUUGCUGGCCUCAUGAUUCUAGAGGCCGUGCGAGAAGACGAAUUGAGCAACAAUGAGCCAGAGGGCAGGGGUCUCUUCGCCAUACCCUUGCAGCUUAUUGGGCAUGCGUCGUCAGCGCUCGACCUCCACGUCAUGGGAUUCCACGUUUACACGUCUCUCAAGCUGCUACUAUUCCUGGGCUCCAUCUUGUGGAUCCUUGUCCCGUCGCUGUUUGCAUCGUCGGGUGAAAGGGUCAAGAAGCAACAAGCGACUGGACUCGAGCGCGCGCCGUCCCUGGCGUCGUCGAUCGACGUACGCCGCCAAGCGUGGCUUACUGCAAUCCAAACAGUCUGGGUUCCUCGGCACAACUUUCUCCUCGAGGCCUCUGCGCUGAUCCUCAAGGCCAUCAAGCUGAGCCUGCGCAAUGCCAUUGGCGUCCAUGGCUAUCAGAUGUUGACUGGACUGACUGAAGAGCAAGAUACUGCGCGCGUCAAGGCAUGGAGUCGGCUUGUCUUGACCUUGCUCGCUUCGGGCACCUGCCCGACACCUGUCCGCUUGAUGCUCAAAGCGCUCCACAUCCGCGUCCUUUUGUGGGACUUGAGCAACAGCAACUGGCAGCUGGGAGCCAUCAACGCAAUCGCCGCAAAACUUGCCAGGAAACGGUGGAACGAGGCGCGUCAGCUGAAUCGUCUGCUUGCUCGGCUCCGGCGUGGCUCCGCUGCCCCGCACGAGCAUGAGCUGCCAGAGCAUCUCGUCGCAUUGGUCGAACAGGAAUGUGAUGAUGUGCUGAGUGCCUCGGUCGUGCAAAGAGCCCACAAUCUGGCCUUUAACGUGGAUACCACGCACAACGCCGGCAACUCCAUUGACGGCAUGGAUGCUGUGGUUGACGACGCGGCGGUGGGUUCGCCUAUGGACGCUGUUGCGGCUUGGUGGUCGACUCAAGUUUUGCACCACGUCCUGACUGCCACACUGGACGAGAAUGCACCGGCGCUGCGAAGCCAGGAGCAGAAUAUCGCAUUGGCCAUCAAGGUUGCGCCGAGGGGCUCCGCUGCUCAGAUCCGCGCGGCCCUGGCCGGUGCGGUUCUGCUCAAGGGGUCUCGUGGCGAGAACAUCGAGCUGGCUCGCCAGGCGAUGGCGACGGGGAGGGCGGAAAACACCAUCAGCGGCUCAACCCUAAUGUUUGGACCUGUUACACGCGCCCCUGACCGAGACUUGACAUUCACCCUCGACUGCGCGGUUGCGAUUGCUCGGCUCACACGGAUCCAAUCCAAGGCAGGCGCAGACACGCGAUGUCUGGGCCUGGUGGAAGGCAUCGCCAAGUCGGAGCACAUGUCGUCAAUGACACUCCUGGGAUUCACUGCAGUGAUGGAGCUGAUGAAGCACCUGUUGAAGCACGAGGCUGUCAAGCACGAGCUUGAGGUGACUCUGGGCAAGCUUUCAAGCAAUCUUAGACUCUGGAUGGGCAGACCGCGCGCAAGGAAGUGCGGUGUCAGCUCCGAAAUCCGGAACAAGAUGGUCGAGAGGUGUCUUGCGGCGACAAAAACAUUGACGGGACCGGACAACGACACUGGAUACGGCAGCUUAAGCGAUACCGAAGACAUGAAUGUCUGA